CUUCUGGGUGGUUUUUUUUUUCUUCUCGACUGCAGUCGAAAGCACGCCGCAUACGUGAGACUGCCCGCCUGAGGCGUUUAGCUGCUUUCGGAGCCAGCGCGAUGGCGUUCCCUCUCCUUCAGUAUAUCGCCGCACUGGACAGCGCUCGUCUGCCGAGGAUCCUUCGGGUCUGCUCGGGGGUCUACUUCCAAGGGUCCGUCUAUGAGAUUUCGGGGAACGAGGUCUGCUUCUCUACCGGGGACGUCAUCAAGGUCACCGGCGUUGAACUCUCCUCCGUUUGUUGCCGGGACGACGGCGGCGACGAGACCUUUGAGCUCCCCAUCGACCACGCAGGCUUGUUGGAGGCGAUCCCGGAGGCCGCUCCGUACAGCACGGUGGAGGAAGUGGUCAGAGGCCGGGCCGCGGGCGGGGAAUCCGCCUGCCCGUCACCUUCGCGACGCUUCACCGCCCGGGAGAUCGUGACGUCGGCGCACCUGCGCGGCCAACGCUUCCGCUUCCACGACGACGACGGCGGCGCCGCCGCGCGCCGGCGCGUGCUCGUCCUCAGCCCGGUCUACCAGAUCAGCGCCAUCAUGAGCCUGAGGAAGGACGUGUUGCGCUUCCCGUCCAGCUUGGCGGUGGACGUGGUGGACAUCACCGACGCGUGCGAGGGCAUCAGCUUCGUCACCCCCCUCAGCCUGCCCGAGGUCCACUCCCAGUCGGAUCAAAGCUUCCCGGCGGUGGUGGAGGUCCUGGAGGGUCCCGAGAUCCGCCCCAUGCUGAAGAGCGGUUGGCUGCCGCAGCUGCAGAGGGGGGUCCGCUUGAUCUUCCACGGAAGGACCACCUCGUCCAUGACCGUCGUGACCGGCGGCAAAAGCUGCAAGGCGCGGCGCUACUUCCUGGUAUCCGAGCGCUACGCCGGCCGCUUCCGCAGGCGCCCCCGCGGCUUCGACUCGGCGUACGAGCUGUACGUCGCCUCGGCUCAAACGCCCGGCUUGAGGGUGUCCGCCACCAGGGACUGCGAGGAGGCGGAGGGGGAAGGCCUUCCCGGCCUCUCCGUCGGCGAGCGGCUGGAAGUGGUGGCGCGCCAAAAAGUCCGACUGCCGUGCGGCCCGGCGGACGCCGUGGUUUGCGUCCGCCUCCGGGACGCCGACGACGAAGGGGAGGACGAGGAAGACGACGAGGUCGGAGCGGGGCGGCGGGGGGGCCGCCUUUAUCUGCCCUUGCACAUGCGAGGCCACUUUGUGGAGCUGCUGAGCGACAACAAGAAGUACGCGCUGAGCGCUCUGGGCGACAAGCUGCCUCUGGACGUGAAAGCCGUGAGCCGGGACCCCGAGCUGGAGGACGACCCGCUGGUCGGCUUCCCCUCCCUGCGCGCGGUGGGGGUCACCCUGGAGCCCACCAUCCGGGCCAGCUUCCUGCACGCGCCCGACCUCUGCUUUGAGAUCCCCGCCCGGAGGCUGCGCGUGACCGUGUGCCGCACCCAGCAGCCCCUGCCGUGGCCCCCGAACCGGGCCCCCGAAUGCACCGUGGAGCGCGUGACGGAGGUGACGGAAGCCUUCUUGCACCAGUUUCAAAAAGAGGCCCUUCCCGUUCUGAGCCCCCCUCCCAGACCCCCCAAAAGGUACCCCUCGGCGCCGAGGCCGAACAAAGGCGUCCCGACCCGAGACUUUGGCAACGUGACGAUCGGAAGUCGACGGAGCUCCUCGCCGCUGCCGCCCGGCGCAGGUGUCAGCCAUCUGCCGCCGACGGUGGCGGCGCGCAAGCCGUUCACCCCUCAGACCUCGGUCCAAAGGGCCACGCCCAACAGCUACGCGGGAGCGGUCGGAAGCAACGUGAACGGGCCGGCACGCGAGGAUGCGGCGGUGACAAGUGACGACGACGACGACGACGGCUACGAACGCGUGGACGACGCGUUGACAGCGACGCUGAAGAAAGCCCAAGAAAGCGGCGGCUUCUUCUAGACGGGACGCGAACAAUACACAAGGACCUUCAAGUUCUUU